CGCGUCCCGGACUUGCAAGUACUUGCAAAAAAGUUAGCCAGAAAGAAAGCAACCUUACAAGAUUGCUACAAACAUGGACAAGUUUCAGCAAAUGGUUGAACAAACAAUUGAUUUAGAUGCAGCUGAAAGGGGAGAUUUCUUAGUGCAACCAGAAUUUGAUGAUACAUUGAAAGAAUUAAAAAGUACUAUGAAUGAAGUGGAGGAAAAAUUACAAUCACAGCUGGGCAAAGUUGCUGAUGAUCUUUCAACUGAAGCUGGUAAAAUAGUAAAACUAGAAUCAAAUCAACUACUUGGAUACUACUUCCGUGUUACAUUGAAGGAAGAGAAGGUAUUAAGAAAUAAAAAACAAUACACUAUUUUGGAUUCCAAUAAAAGCGGCGUACGAUUCCGAAGCAACAAAUUAAAUGAUUUAAAUGACGAGUAUAUUGCUGCUAGAGAUAAAUAUACAGUAGAACAAAAAAAAGUUGUUACAGAAAUAAUUGAAAUUGCUGCUGGUUAUAGUAGCCCAGUAAAGACAAUUGGAAAUGUAUUGGCAUGUCUUGAUGUGCUUACUGCCUUUGCUUCUGCUGCUAUAAUUGCUAAUAAACCGUAUGUUCGCCCUGAAAUGUUACCUAGUGAAGUCGGUGAGUUUAAGCUUAUCCAAGUUCGACAUCCAUGCUUAGAAAUUCAAGAAGGAGUAGAUUAUAUAGCUAAUGAUGUCAAUUUUAAAAGGGAAGAAUGUCAUUUUUGUAUUAUAACUGGACCAAAUAUGGGAGGUAAAAGCACCUAUAUAAGAUCUGCUGGUGUUACUGCCUUAAUGGCACAUAUUGGAAGUUUUGUUCCGUGUGACGAUGCAAAAAUAUCAUUACUGGAUUGUAUUUUAGCCCGUGUAGGGGCUGAUGACUCUCAAUUAAAAGGACUUUCUACAUUUAUGAUGGAAAUGAUAGAGACUGCUACUAUAUUGAAGACUUCAACAUGCAAUUCUCUUGUGUUAAUUGAUGAAUUAGGCAGAGGAACGUCUACUUAUGAAGGUUGUGGUAUAGCGUGGUCAAUCGCCGAAUAUUUAGCAAAGGAAAUUAAAUGUUAUUGUCUUUUUGCAACACAUUUCCAUGAAAUAACUAAACUAGAAGAAAUAUCUGCCGUUAAAAAUCAACACGUUACAGCUCUUGUAGACGAUAAUAAAUUAACAUUACUAUAUAGAGUACAACCAGGUAUAUGUGAUCAAAGUUUCGGUAUACAUGUUGCUAAAAUGGCUAAUUUCCCACAAGAUGUUAUAGAGUUUGCUAAGCAUAAACAAACGGAGCUUGAAGAUUAUCAAGACUCAAUUUUUGAAGGAUCUGAUAAUCCUCAAAAGAAACAAAAAAUUAUUAAGGAAGCUGAAGCCCUCAUUGCAGAAUUUGUUAAUAAAUGCAAGAAUUUAGAUACAUCUUUAUCUGAUACAGAUUUGGAAGAUAAAAUCUCAACAUUUAAAGAAGAAGUUUUGUCUCAUGAAAAUCCCUAUAUCAAAACACUUCUUACAGUUUCAUAA